AGCCACAAAAAGCUUCAGAUUCAACCUAAACUCCUCGGCGGCGAAGGCGGCCUCGCUCAGCCUCGUCCUGCCUGCAGAAAUUGAGGCAAAAUGGCCCCGGGGCUGGAGGAGGAACUAACCUGCCCCGUGUGCCGGGACAUCUUUGAGGACCCCGUUUUCCUGCCGUGCAGCCACAGCUUCUGCAGAGACUGUCUGAAAAGAUGGUGGAAGAAGAAACAGGUUCUGAAGUGUCCAGUCUGCAAGAAUGCCUGUGGAAGCAAGCGUCCGCCCUGCAACCUGGCUUUGAAGAACGCAUGUGAGGCCUUCCUGCUGGAGAGGGCGGAGCCACAGCAUCUCUGUGGGCUGCACUCUGAGAGCCUCAAGCUCUUCUGCCUGGACCACCAGGAGCCCGUCUGCCUCAUUUGCAGAGACUCGGACGCUCACAGGAGCCACAGGUUCAGACCCAUCAGUGAGGUUGCUCUGGAUCUCAGAGAGGAGCUGCGGAAAUCUCUGGAACCCCUACAGGACCACCUGAAGCUCCUCAUGCAGGUCAAAGGAAGCUUCGACCAAGCAGCAGAACAUGUUCAGCUCCAGGCCCAACAAGCUGGGGCACAGAUCAAGGAGCAGUUCCAGGAGCUUCACCGGUUUCUGCAAGCAGAAGAGGAGGCCAGGAUUGACGCCCUGAGGGAGGAAGAGGAGCAGAAGGUUCAGGUGUUAAGCCACAAGACGGAGGGUCUGAGGAAGGAGAUAGCAGCUCUUUCAGACGUGAUCUGGGCUGCAGAGGAGGAGCUGAGAGCUGCAGACAUCUCCUUCAUCCAGAGCCAGAAGACUGCAAUAGAAAGAGUCCAGCGCUGCCACCUGCUGGACGUCCCACAGCUGCUCUCAGAAGCUCUGAUGGAUGUGGCCAAACAUGUGGGCAACCUGAGCUUCAGAGUCUGGACCAAGAUGAAGGAGAUGGUGUCCUUCAGUCCAGUGAUCCUGGAUCCAAACACAGCUGAGGCGGGACUCCUCCUGUCUGAAGAUCUGACCUCUGUGAGACGAGGGCCGAGGCAGGAGCUGCCCGAAAACCCUGAGCGGCUCGACUUCCAUGGCAUGGUCCUGGGCUCGGAGGGCUUCUGCUCGGGGACCCACAGCUGGAGCGUGGCGGUGGGAGGCAGCAGAGCCUGGUUUGUGGGCGUGGCAGCAGAGAGCUUCAGGAGGAAAGGACCUACUGACCUGUCGGAGGGGCUUUGGGCCGUGGCGUUCUCUAAAGGCAACUACAUCUCCAUCUCUCCUAGGGGUCCUUCUCCUCUUCAUCCUGAGAGGAAGCUGAAGAACAUCAGUGUUCAUCUGGACUGGUGGAGAGGAAGACUGACCUUCACUGACCCACAGACUCAAGGCCACAUCCAAGAGUUUACACUCGGCCACACUGAGGCGCUGUUUCCACUCUUCUACACCGGAAGUGACCUGCCGCUCAGGAUUUCCCAAACUCCAUCUGCUGAUGAAGACCAAGAGCAAUGUGAUGCUCUUCUUGAUGAUGAAGAUGUUGUUGAUUAUGAAGAUUAAAAUGAGGAAGGAAUCUGAAAUCUGCAGCUUCUAGUGAGACUUGUUUUAUACAACAGAUGUAAUGAAUCCCAAAGAAGGUCUCAGAUCAGGGAAAAACUUUGAAAUCAAACUUUAUUACUUUUUUUUUCUUGAUUGAAAUAAUUUUGUCCUUUUAAGGCACAGUAUAACACUUCAUGAAACUCAUUAUAACUGAUGAUCAAAAUGAUAUUCUCAGAUUUCUGAAGUUUGCUGCCAAGAAAACAAACAAAAAAAAAAAACCAAAUGUGAGAUUUUUCAUCAUCCUGUGAAACUUAAACAGACAUGUCAAUAUUUUAGUUUUAACAGAGAUGGUUUGAGUCUUUAGAUCCUGAUUUCUUUAUUCAUUCAUUUUCCCAAAGGUCCGAGGGCUCAGUUAUGGAAAAAUAUUUAAAUUAAAAAGGAGAAAUUCUGAGUUUGUUCCUUCUGCUGUUGUCCCUGUUAAAAUCAUGUUUUGACUAUGAACUGUGAGAAGAUAAUGGUUCGUGUUUUACUUUGGAAAAAAUGGAUUCGGUUUACAAGUUGGAUUAUUCUUUUCAGACAAUAAAAACAAAAAAGUCCAAAAUAAAAUACAUGGAUGUGUCAGUCUCAUUUAAAGUAUGAAAUCAUUAAUUUAUUGGAAAAUAAGGACAAAAGUAACUUUUCCUAUCAAACACAUUUUUUACUAAUUUAAUUUUUAUAUACACUCACCGGCCAUUUGUUACCUCACACUUCUUAUCAGCCGAUCACAUGGCAGUAACUCAAUGGAUGUUGGCCUGUAGACAUGGUCAAGAUGAUCUGCUGCAGUUCAUACUGAGCAUCAGAACGGGGAAGAAAGGAGAUUGAAGUGACUUUGAACGCAGCAUGCUUGUUGUUUCCAGACGGGCUGGUCUGAGGAUUUUC